AUGACCGAUCUACAAAUAAACCUUGCCACCGAGAGCUGGAAUAACCCCUCGGUGGGUGACAAUGAUCGACCGCGGAAGAAACGCCGCAAAUACAUCGCUAGAGCCUGCACCGAAUGCAAACGUCGAAAAAUCAAAUGCAAUGGCCAGUCACCCUGCCAGCGCUGUGGACGGCAACAUAUUGAGUGCAUUUACGUUGAGAACAUCCGAGAAAGUCCCGCGGAGCCAGAUAACUUCAAGCAGCUUUUUGACCAAAUGAGAGCCAUGCAGGACCAGAUCACACAGUUGUCUGCCAGUAUUCGAUCAAUAGCUAGCAGCGAACGUUCCCUUGGGGUUCCCGCUACCGGAACCUAUCAGCUCCCUACUCAACGUUCACUCCGACGCUUAUCAACAGCCAAAGAAACGUCGUUCCAAGGCCCGACGACAUCUGCCUUUAGUUUUGGUCUUGCAAAAUCCAGCUUGCAACAGCGCGGAAUUGUGGAACGUGCCGAGGUUGGCGAUGAGGGUGAUAUGACUCGAGAACCUUCACCGCUGGCAUCGCCAUCGACUCUAGAUGAGGAACCUGGAGCGCGCCAGACCCUCGACCCACUUUGGGUGCUUUCUAAGGCUGAGGCACUUCGCCUCUGCCGAGUCUAUGAGGAGGAAAUGGGCAUCAUGUACCCGAUUCUGGAGCUGUCGGAGAUUUCGGCCCAGGUUCACCUUCUCUACGGCCCAGUGGAUCGCGCACUUGGACCGGUCCGCCAACCGGAGGAACAACAUGGAUUGGCUCGUGAAGAUGUUCAUAUUCUGCGUGUAGUGUUUGCGUGUGCCUUGACAGCCGAAGCCAGUGGUCGGAGCGAACAGGCCAUUGCGCUUUUCGAUAGUGUACGGGAAAUUCAGGACAAUUGUGUCUGGGGUCCGCCCGACAUCAAGAACAUCAUAUUUCUGACUCUCGUGUCAAUGUUCUACUUUCAAAUAGAUGAGGAAAUCUUGGCAUGGCGCACCGUUGGUAUCGUUGAGCGCAUGUGUCUCGAGAAAGGUCUUCACCGACGGGAAACCCUGAAUCAACCGGCCGUCACAGCUGUGGGGAAGGACCGCGUUCUGCGAAUUUUCUGGUCUGUAUACAUUCUGGAUAUGCGUUGGAGCUUUGGGACUGGGAUGCCAUUUGCUCUGGAGGAUACGGACAUCGACCCGUGGCUGCCAGAGCCCGAAGAGAAAACGCCCUAUCUGCGCGUGAUGAUCCGGUACAGCCGAAUUGCAGCAAAGGUGUGGAAGUUUAUAUCGGCAUUUAACAACACGAACGAAAUCAAAAAAGAAGAGAUGAACUAUCUGGAUUGGCAAGUGCUGCGUUGGGUACAGGCCAUUCCAGACUCGUUGCGGCUCAAUCAUCCAGGUUCUGCGGAGUCUGAGACUGCCGUGGAAGGCUCACGUAGCCUGCGAAGACUGCGAGCCCUACUUUAUCUUCGUGCCAACCAGCUCCGCAUGCUCAUACAUCGUCCCGUACUCCAUACUUCAGUACAUGUGAUGCGGUAUCCUGGCGAGUCAGCGACCGUGGUGGAAAUCGCCAAAGAUACAAUUCGCUUCAUUACCCGCCUGAACGAUACGUCGGAUAUCUAUCAAUUACAGCAGGUGGCGUUCAAUUGGUUCCUCGUCUCGGCCCUCGCCGCAUUAUUUCUGGCCGUAGCCCAGGCUCCAACACAAUUCAGCGGGUCGUGCAAGGAGGAAUUUUACUGGGCCUUGGAGCUGGUCAAAGGAGUCUCAACACAGUCUUACAUCUCCCGCCGACUAUGGAGGUCUAUUCGAAGCCUGCGCAAGCUUGGCCCUCAAUUGGGGCUAGGUGUCCAGAAAAAGCGCCAGGACGUUGCAGCUGGAGGCGAAAGUGAAUCUUUAAAUGUCCAGGAUUCUCCUGCAUUGCCCCAAUCUGCCAGCACCCAGAGCCAGACACCGCAGGAUGGGGAACAAAUGACAAAGGAGCUGAUGGCGUGGUUUGAAGCCGUAGGCAACCUGGAGGAUCAAAUUAUGGGGAUGGGAACGGGCCCUGUACCAGAUAGAGGUCAUUACCAGCAGAUGUCUGACGGGGGGGUUGUGUUUGAUUACGGCGAAGAAUUGUCGAGUGUGAUGAAGGACUUUUUCUAA